AUGAAGAGCACCACAGAUAGCCCUGGUGCUGCGGUGCCAUUGAUGACCGCAUGGAAUGUCGAGUCUCAGAUUCACCUGAUCAUCGGUGCCAAUUCUCUGGCCGCUGCACGGUGUGCUAAGAGCCUUGAAGCGGGCGCUCAGCCUAUCAUCAUUGCGCCGGAAACCGUUGACGUCCAUUUCACUCUAGCAGAACACAUUGCUAGUGAGAAAGUCCAAUGGGUACGCCGUGACUUUCAGGACGAUGAUUUGAAGAAUUUAGGUCGGGAAGAAGUAGAUCGGGUGGUUGAUGCAGUUUUUGUCACCUUGGGUGCAAACCAUCCAACAAGUUCGCAUAUAUCAAGUCUGUGCCGACGGCUGAGAAUCCCGGUCAAUGUGACAGAUGCACCGGAUCUAUGCUCGUUCACUUUGCUUUCCACUUAUUCAGAUGGUCCGCUGCAUAUCGGAAUUACCACAUCUGGGCGAGGUUGCAAGAUUGCAUCUCGGCUCCGGAGAGAGAUUGCUGCUUUCCUACCGCCUAACCUGGGCGCUGCUAUUGAUCGACUUGGAUCCGUACGCCGCCGACUAUGGGAAGAAGAUCACGCCGCUGGCCGUACAGAUGCGGCCCUUGAAGGCGAUGACGACGAUAUUAUAGGCCAGAAGCACACCUUCAAUACAUUGGUCACAGAGGAUGAUGUAGCUGCAGCAAAGACAAGGAGGACGCGCUGGCUUUCCCAGAUUUGCGAAUAUUGGCCUCUUCGAAAGCUCGUCUCUAUUACGGAUGCCGACAUGGAUGAAAUUCUCAAAGCCUAUUCAUCUGGUCAAAGCCAGGACUCGGAGACACAUAUCGCCAACAGUAUCUCUAAAAAGGGCAAGAUUGUGCUCGCGGGCUCCGGUCCAGGUCACCCAGAUCUUCUCACACGUGCCACAUAUAACGCCAUCCAAAAUGCGGACCUCAUCCUAGCAGAUAAGCUUGUGCCAUCUCCGGUUCUAGACUUGAUUCCUCGUCGAACUGAAGUUCAUAUCGCUCGCAAGUUCCCCGGAAAUGCGGAUCAGGCACAAGAAGAAUUCUUGCAAAUGGGUCUAGCCGCACUGCGAAAGGGACGCCAAGUACUCCGACUCAAGCAAGGAGACCCGUAUCUCUAUGGUCGUGGAGCUGAGGAAUUCGAAUUCUUCCGAGGUGAAGGAUACAUUCCCAUUGUUCUUCCGGGUAUCACUAGUGCCAUGAGUGCCUCUCUCUUCGCCGAUAUCCCAGCAACGCACCGAGGUGUUUCCGAUCAAGUGCUCGUCUGUACUGGAACAGGCAGAAAGGGUGCUGCACCAAACCCUCCUACCUAUGUUCCCACUCAGACAGUUGUGUUCCUGAUGGCACUUCACCGUCUUUCUGCCCUGAUUGAGUCCCUUACUACACCAUUCGCUGAGGAGGUAACAAAUUCACGGGCUCUUUGGCCUAAGGAGACACCUUGUGCUAUCGUUGAGCGGGCAUCAUGCCCUGAUCAACGAGUUGUUCGGUCUACCUUGGAGCAUAUUUGCCAAGCAUUUGAGGCAGCAGGAUCACGGCCACCAGGACUGUUGGUUGUUGGAGCUAGCUGUCACGUUCUACACAGCCCGAACGGCCAAAAAUGGGCCAUUGAGGAGGGAUUUUCUGGUCUUGAUGGACUAAAUGGGGAGUUAGAUGCCAUAUCAGUGGCAUUGAAUGAGAUUGAGAAGUGA